AUGGUCAAAUUCUCUCAGCUCCCCUAUGAACUCCGUGAAAAGAUAUGGCUGGAUACCAUUGAGCCUCGCCUCGUCGGUCUCAUUCCCUGUCUAGUUGGCAAAGGCCGAUGGAGUGUGAAAAGCACAGCUCGUCCUCCUGUGGCCCUGCGAGUCAAUGCAGAGUCUCGCCGUAUCGUGAGCAAACACUACAAAAUCCUGGAAACCCACAGCGUUGCAAAUCACAAGCCCGCCAUCUACGAGGGGGAAUUUGUUGCUCUGGAUGUAUCGCCGCACAUCUUAUUCAACUUUGACAUCGAUACUCUUCACUUUGCCGACACGGCGCCUCCCGAUAAACCUCUGCCAGGUGCCGAAGCGAGGACCAAGCCGAAGAUUCCCACAAAUGCCCUGGAUCUUCUUAUUCUCAAAGAGUCCUUGGACGCGUUUCAAGGGCCUGGGUUCAGGCUCAUGCUCAACGCGUAUGAACGCCUCCAGGACUGGCCCUAUCUCCUCGAGGCAAAGGACGUCAGCUAUGAUUCCAUCCGCAGCGGAGAUCCGACGCUGCUCAAUUGGACUCACAUCCAUUACGUGCGCCUUGACUUUAACAUAUUUCUGUCGGAUCUCGCCAUCUGGUGGGGGUUCAUGCAUCCGUAUGUCUUGUGGAUGCAGCAGGCCGUAAAACAUGUCGAAGACCCGGAAGACCCAAUAAGGAGCUACGAUCUCGUCAUGGUCAACGGCCGAGGUGACAAGCGGAAGCUGCAGAAAACAUUCCGUCUCGCACUUCGUCCAGAGAAGGAAGCCGAUGCAGCGUACCAAUCGCUGUCUCCUAUUGAGCGGCUGGAGCAGUACGGUGCCGUGGUCUUCGACGAGGUACUGCCUACGCCUGAAGGCAAGGCCAUUCUCUUCGAAGUUGUCGAUCCUCUCAUUGGAGGCGAGGCCAUUGCCAAGUGGAAGCAGUUCUCUAUAGAUCAGAGAGCUAGGCCAUCGCCUCACCUCACUGUUCUUCCAAGAACGACGCCUUUUGGGGCAGACGUGGCAGUGUUGUUCCAUAUGGCCAAAGGGAGACGGGGACUAGCUCACGGUGCGAUGUCUCCUGUCCAUGGCCUGUGCCUUGCAGACUAUGGAAGAGAUGGUGGCUUUCGAGGCAGGACUUAA